AUGAAAGAACAAUGCCUUAUUCAUUGGAGGUCGUGGCUGAUCGAGCCCCUCAGGGACAGCAACCUGGAGCUCUUCGUGCUCGUCGCGGUGUGGAUCGCCAGCAAGAUCCAUGAGAUGAGGCCACUGUCGGUGAAGAGCCUCAAGGCGCUCAGCGACCGCAUCAUCGCCGACCAGCAUUUCACAUGCCGUGAUUUCGCGGAUGCUGAGCUGGUGUUCAUGGAGGUAGUGGAUUAUAAUGUUGGGUGUUCCAACAUUGCUUUCAUAUACCUGGAGCAGCUUCUCAUUCAGUUCAGGGAAAUAUCGAAGUUGGGUGAUCUUUUAAGUAUGGAUGUGUGCAUGGAAAUUUUGGAUGUUCUUUAUGAGACCGAAGAUACCUCAUGGCUUUUUGACUUUCCCUGUCCACUUGCUGCUUCAACUCUUGUUACUGCAUAUGUUAUGUCAGUUCCUAAGCAGACAUGGGAGUUUCCAAUCCUUCCUUGGGUCCGAUUUACCACAUCAUAUGCUGAAGAAGAGAUCAUGAAGAUUGUUAUGACAAUUCUCAUGCAUGUACUCAAACCGGAUGAAAUCAAAGAGAAGAACAAGAGAGAGUUCAGUAUCUGA